AUGCAAUAUGCACUAUCCACGCACAAACAUCUAUUCAACGAGCACUUUAAUUUGAUAUUCUUCUUAGGCGACUCAGCUGUGGGAAAGACGUGUUUUCUGAACAAGUAUGCAAACAAUCAAUUCAAUCCGCGAUUCGCCACUACGGUCGGUGUGGAUUUCCAACAGAAACGAGUAAUCCGCGAGAGUCGAGAUUCCGAGGGACUGUUGGGUCCGAAACAACGAUUACACCUACAGUUGUGGGACACAGCCGGGCAAGAACGGUAA